GUCCAAAUGGGCAAAUUCAGUAUGAUUGAAGUAUCGACCAAGUGCAUGGAGAGAGACUUUUUGUAGAGGGAAAAAUAAAAUAUUGCAGAAGAGAGGUGGUGGGUGCUGAGCUACAGAGACUUGCAGCGAAAAAAAUGGAAUAUACAAGUCAUAAAGGAAAGCCAGCCAUAGAAAAAGCUUCAAUCCUAAGCCUCUCUGCUUCCCAAAAAACCCCACCAAUUUUUCUGUAAAUCAGUCUCGAUAUUUUUCCAGGAAUGUCAGAGAGAGCUUAGUGGGUACACAACAUCUCUCUCUCUCGCGCUCUCUCUCUCCCACUUUGUGUACACUUUUUAUGUGUUUUCUCUGUCUUUAUAGGACUUGUUGCUUCUCACGCAGUUGUCUCUCUUACCAUAUUGUUUCUGCACCAAUUGACUACACAUUGCAGAGCCAAAGGCCACAUCUUGUGUUUGUCUUCUUGCAGAUUGCAGAAUAUGGCCUUCUUGUUGUGGCUUCCUCUCUUUGUAUUUGGUAUCUGCAUAUCUCUGUCUUGGUGGGGUUGUUAAUGUUAUUCUGACACAAGUUCCAAAAAAAGAGACUCUUGAUUUGAGUUGGGUCGUUGGGUUUUUGUGUUUCUGCUUAUUCGCGGGGUAUGGAAAGCUGUUGUGAUCUUCAAGUGGAUGUCAAUGGAGAGGAGACUUUCAUGGUGGACAAGAAAAUUAUUUCUUCGUUUUCGGGGAGAUUAAGCAAAUUAUUUGCAAAAUCAAGAAGUUCAGUGAACAAUUUCAAGGUGAUAUUCCAUGACUUUCCAGGAGGGGGAGAGAAUUUUGAACUGGUUACCAGGUUCUGCUACAACAAUGGCAUCAUAGAGAUAAACCCCUCCAACAUUGCCCUCCUAAAUCGUGCUGCACAUUUCAUGGAAAUGAACGAGUCGGUGUCUAGACGGCAUAAUUUGCUUGAACAAACUGAGAAAUCGCUUGAACAGAUCAGCUAUUGGUCAUGGUCUGAGCUUUUGGUAGCUUUGAAGCAGUGCCAAGAUUUACCUCCAGUUGCAAAAUCUUCUGGUAUACUUCAAAAAUGUUUGGAUUCCCUCAUUGGAAGAGUGGCAUUGGCCAGUGGCAGUGAAGCAAGUCCAUAUCCAUCUAAUUCUUCCCCAGAUAGCUCUGGGUUUCGGUUUUCUUGUGACACUAGAAGCACUGAGAGCUUGAAAAACAGCUUCUCUAGAGUAACCUGGUGGUUUGAAGAUCUGUUGGUUUUGAAUCCUAAUUUGGUUGAAAUGGUGGUAAAGUCCAUGCUCUCCCGGAAAUAUGACCAUGCCAUUAUCAGUAGGUUUCUCUUUUAUUACCAGAAGUCUAAAUUUGUCACUGCUACAUCUGUUGAGAAGCGCAAAAUCAUUGAAAGUGUCGUUGACUUGUUUUGCUUUCUUGAUCAGAGUUCUGUUUCUUGUAAGAGUUUAUUUGGGAUUCUUCGAGUUGCUCUAAGUUUAAACAUAAGCAAAGGUUGUAGGAUCAAGUUGGAGAGUAUGAUUGGCUCACAGAUUGAUCAAGCAGCACUAGACAAUCUGCUUGUUCCAUCUCCACAUGGCUCCAACUAUUUAUAUGAUGUGAAUCUUGUUCUAAGAUUUUUGAAAGCAUUUCUUCGUGGGGGGAUCAGUAAAAUUUCUCCAGUUCGUCUCAGAAGAGUUGCUAGCUUGGUGGACUUGUACAUAGCAGAAGUAGCUCCUGAUCCUAGUCUGAAACCUUCAAAAUUCAUCGCCCUCACCUCAGCUUUGCCAGGUUCUGCCAGAGAGUCUUAUGAUGGAAUCUAUUCUGCCAUGGGCAUGUAUCUAGAGGUGCAUGCAGGACUAUCCGAAGAAGAAAAGAUGAAGAUCUGUUGUACAUUGAACUAUGACAAACUCUCAUCUGAAGCUUGCAUGCAUCUUGCUCAGAAUACAAAAUUCCCAUCAAAAACCACGGUUCAAGCUCUCAUCUCUCAGCAGUCCAAGCUCAAAAAUUUACUCCAUGAGACCAACCAUUCAAGAUCUUUCACAGAUUCCCCUUGUAGUAUCUCUUCAAAUGGAAGCAGGGGAGCAAAAGAUGAUUCCCAAGAACAAAUUGUGCUUUAUGCUGGAAAACUUGAUAUUUCUGCUGAUAAUGAGAGGCUGAGAGCACAUUUGCAGGGAAUGCAAUGGAGGGUGAUGGAAUUGGAGAAAGCCUGUAGGAAAAUGCAAACCCAGAUGGCAAAAAUCAUGAAGUCAAAAACCACCAGCCAUAGCAAUGCCAUAUCCUUGCCCAAGCUCUGUUCAUGAUGGAAAUUUUGCUCGACCCUUUCGUUUCUUUUUCUCUUAUUAUAUGUACAGAAUGAGAAAUUGGUUUGUGUUUGCAAUAGUUUUUCUCCUUUUCUACAAAAUUAAAGUUGGUUCAGAGCCGUUUCUUCAACAAAGAUUUCACGUAUUGGCUGUACAGAUACAGACAAAGAAAACAAUGUGUGUUCCUUUAUAUGAAAGGCAUCUCUUUAUUCUCUCU